AUGGACUUUGAGGAGCGUUCCAACGAAGCGCUGAAGUGUUUCGAGGCCAAACGCCAGGAGAAUUCGGGUAAAAUUGGGCUAGAGCCCGGAGGGGAUUUGCAUUUUAAGGAUAAAAUUUAGGGUUUUUUGGAUGUGAUAGGGUCUGUAGAUGUUGAAAAACUGUCUUUCUUCCAUGUUAGAGCCUAAAUUUUUGGAUUUUAGCCAUUUUUUUGGUAUUGGUACCUAGUAUAAUAUAAAGAAUGCUGAAAAAGUCUCUCAAAGUGGGCUAAAUUACCUUUUUAUUCUCUAAAUAUAAGUUUUAUUUAUAGAUGAACGAGAUCGCAUCCAAAAGAAGACAUUUACCAAGUGGGUCAACAGAAAUCUCGCAAAACGCGGCCGAAAGGUGGAAGAUCUCUUUGUGGACCUCCGAAAUGGCUUCAAUUUGAUCGCUCUUCUCGAAGAAUUGACACAAGAAGUCUUGGUGAGAAUUUUCAAACCUUUUUUGUUAAUUUUAGACACAAAAAUUUUCAAGUGUAAUGUAAAAUUUUUGAAAUUUUAUUAAUUUUUGGUGUAGUUGCUCUUGAAAUUGAUGCCAAUGGCUAAGUAAUUCCCCAAUUUUAGCCAAAAGAAAAUGGCGAGACCAGAUUUCAUCGGACACAGAACGUACAGUGCUGUUUGGACUUUUUGAGGCGUCGAAAUGUAAGUGUAAUAUAAAUUUUCGUCAAAGAUUUGCUUCAAAUAUUAUUUUUUGUAAUUUCAGAUCAAAUUGGUAAAUAUCCGACCAAAGGAUAUUGUCGAUGGAAAUGGAAAACUGACUUUGGGAUUGAUUUGGACAAUCAUUUUGAGCUUCCAAAUCGCCGUAAUUACGCAACGACAAGCCGAAGAAGGACAAAAAAGAGAGCGAUUACAGUCAGGACAGAGGUCUCCUCAGCCCAGUAACGGGAACGGCGAAGUGGGAUUGGAAAAUGUGAAUGAUUAUGACUAUGAAGAAGGUUCAAGUGCUGUUCAGGUUGGUUUAGACGAUUUUUUGAGAUUUUUAGGGCGUUUAUAUGGUACUCGGCUUCUGA